UCCGGAUCAGACGACGCUAGAGGGACCCGGGUGUGGGUGCUGCUGCAGGAGUUUCCUUCGCGGAGAGCACGGCGAACGAGACGGGAGGGUGAAUUUUGACAGAAGUUGAAAGAAACUAUGGAAGGUUUAAAAUGCGUUUGCUUACUCCUUUGUGCGUUUGUCGUCGCUCAGGUCAAGGCGAAAAAGACGGUCGCCGACAUGUUUCCACAUAAACACAAGUUCCCCAUCCCACCUAUGCCAUUCCCCAUCCCGGGAUGGGACCCAGACAAAAACCCUUGGGAUGAGAAACUUUACGCACCUCUAAAGCCACAACUCCAGCGCGGCCAAGGGCCACCGCCAACGGUUCGCCUCACGAGUGACAGUCCCGCCAUGAACGGUUCUAUGAUCACCUUCACGGCAGCUAUUGAGCACGCGCCGUGCAUGAAGGAGACCGCCAACGGAGAGCUGGUAUACGACGAGCACUGUGAAGACGGUAUGGUCCUGGAGGCCUCAGCCAAUGGCCAGCAGGUGCGUUCGGGGUGGAUGGAGGACUACGGCUUUGGCAAGUGUGCCAACCCAAAGCGCUGCAAUGUGUUCCCCGACGGAAAGCCCUUCCCUCAGAGCAACGACUGGAGACGCAAGGGAUACGUCUACGUCUGGCACACUAUGGGUCAGUACUAUGAGACGUGUGACGGGUCGUCAUCUCACAUCUCCUUGAACACGAGCGGCUGGACGUCAGGAGCGGGCGUGAUGGAGGUGCUGGUCUACAGGAAGAGGGAGAUCAGGAAAUACGUGCCCUUCGCCACCGAUAACCACGUCUUCUUUAUCACAGACAAGAUCCCCAUUUCGGUCGACAUGAGCCAGAAGCAGGCCGCCAACCUGACGGAGCGCAACGUGUUUGUGCGCGGCUCGGACGUGGUGUUCUCGGUGAACGUGCACGACCCCAGCAGCUACCUGAAGACCGCCGCCGCCGUGGACUACAUCUGGGACUUCCGCGAUGGCAACCAGCUGGUCACGCACAGCAACGUGGCCACGCAUGCCUACCGCGCCCUGGGCAGCGUCUCCGUCAAGCUGACCGUGGAGGCCGCCUUCAGGACCGCGUGUCCCCCCCCUGGCCCACAGACCCCGCCGCCUCCUCCUCCUCCACCUCCACAGCCUCCCACACCCACACCCAUGCACAUCACCGUGCCACCCACCAAAGCUCCCACGGCUCCCCCCAUACCCGCUCCCACUCAUGCAGUCACCCCUCAACCCACCACGGUCCCUCCACCCCCUCCCCCCACCACUCCCGCUGGUCCCCCUACCACCACGGCCUACGUGACGGAGCCCCUGCCCACCGACCUCCUCCCCACCGACACCCCCGCUCCUCCUCCUGCCCCCGGCCCUGGCCCAACGUUCGGCUUCCCCACGAUGCCCCCUAUGGUGCGGGAGGAGAACGUCGUCCGCAACAACGAGUGCUUCCGUUACAUGUACGGCACCUUCGAACAGGAGCUCAACAUCAUCGAGCCCCUGCCCAACAUGUUGGCAGCUGAGCCUCCCAGCAGGAUAGUGGAGAUCUCUGCAGCCAAGGUCACCAAUGGCACAGUCAACUUCCUCGUCACCUACCUGGGAAGCGACCCCACGUCGGCCUGCACGGUGGUGUCGGACGCCAGCUGCCACGAGGUGAAGAGCAUCAAGUGUGACGACGUGCCCAUGGUGCCCCUGGGUUGCCAGGUGCUGCUGAGACGCACCUUCAGGGAGCCCGGCACCUACUGCGUCAACAUCAUACUGGAGGACGCCAAGAGCCGAUCUCUGGCAACCACCACUGUUACUAUCGAUAAGAGCACACACAACAAGGUGUCCAAGUCGUCGCGUGCCGCUGAGGUGGUCCUGUCCUCCAGUGCUGUUCUCGUGGUCAUCUUCGCCUUCAUCGCAUUCAUGGUCUACAAGCGUUACAAGGUUUACCAGCCCGUAAGGAGAUCCCUGGUGGAGGACGCGGGAGAGCCUGCCAGGUCCGGCGCCGGAGGCGGACUGGAGAGACUGAGGGCCGCGCUCUUCCCAGCCAACGAGGAGCGCAGCCGCCUGCUCGUAGACCCACGCCCCCUGUAGGUUGUCGAAGGAACUUGCGCAUGUGUAGAGACGUAGAGUGUGGCCGGGUUUGCCUGCAGCAAUGACUUGUACAUUCGAUGGACACAGCAUGGUUCAGGAAUUUGAGGUAUUUUCAACUGUCAAUUUGGAACCAGAAGACGUUCUUUUGCGGGUUGAAAUUGCCAAUCAGAAAAAUCUGCUGGACAGCUGAAAAGGCAUCAAAUCCAUUCAACUGAAUACAUUUUAAUUGAAAGGAACCUUGCUGUCCAUUCUAAUUCUAUAUAGCCAUUGACUUGCUUUGCAAUGGAUGGCGUAUAGGGCAGGCUACCACUGCAAAGCCCACCCAACGUUGGCUGGUUAGAAUACUAAGCUGGAUUAUUGAAGUAAAAUAAAAGGACCUUCUUAACACUUGAGUUCAUGCUAUAAUAUCUGGGUGGAUAAUAUAUUAUAUAUUUAGAUGGGUCACAGAUUAUUGCUGGCUGAUGGUUGCACUAUUUGUACUAGGUAUGCUGCCUUUUUCUAUAGUCUUUUUUUUACUUAUUCACUUCUGAAAGCUGUAUCCUGCCCUGGUGCUUGAGUGUUAAAAAAUGGUAUGAUAUUUACUGAAUCUACAUUAUUUUACUCUGUGUAUACUACUUUAAUAGUCAUUCAUACCGUUUCCAUAUUUGUACUGAAAAUGAGUACUCGGACAUUGGGAGGGGCAGGCUUGGGGUGCAAGCUUUACAGUUAUAAUAAUCACACACUAAAUAAAACAUUGCAAAUAGGUAUGGACCACUGUAUACCAGUGCUAAAAUACAAAUUAUGAUGAGCUUCACUUAAAUAUAACAAUUAGCUUGUGAAAUAAUUUCUUCCAUUUUUACUAUGAGGUAGUGUUGUUUGCAAAAGUUAUGCUUGUUUUGAGCUUCCUACCCAAAUGAGCGUGUUUGAGCGUGCGAUUGUGAGACACUUCACUGAUCACUCUCUGGACUGCUGAAAGGAAACUGUAGCACACCAGCAUCAUUUAGUCCCAGACACACAAAACACUGAUCCAGGUAGUAUCUCCAAUAAUACAGCCAUGCUCGGUUCUGUUGAGCUUGUCUUUGUUCAGCAAUGCUAAUAAUAGAGAGGGUUUUAUUGGGCCAUUUUUCUUUUGUCUUGAUCUUCUACAUUGCAAGUCCUUUGGGAUUUGCUGUGGUACACUUUUUACAUAGUGCCUCCUCUUCCACAUUUUCAAAACUUUAUUUUCUGAAUCAACCAAGUUAGAGAAUGUUGACACGUACUAAUUAUCUUUAAAAUGUUCUUUUUUUUCUACAUCUGAUUCUGAAACCAUUCUGAUUUGUCACUGUAGGCAUUCUAAUAAAGACUCUAAACCAA